AUGGUUGCUCCUAUUAGACAAUCUUUGCAGCUAACAAGCAGAAGAGCCUUUACGACAACAAAAACAGGUCUUAGUAUGCUAAAGUUGGACCUGUCAUCAAUUGAAGAAUACAAUGACAAGAAGAAGCCUGAUACUGAAAACAGGCUGGAUACCAAGGUUAUCAGAAAAUUUUACCCUAGUACUGUCUAUGAUCCAUUUGACUUCUCUAUGGCACGUAUCCACAUGGACAGAAAGGUUAAUCUCAAAAACUCAACUGAAGGUGAUAUCUUUAAGGCUAGCAAGUUUAAUCCUUUGGAUUUAUACACGAAUCCUGAAUUUCUAUCGAGGUUUAUGAGCUCAACAGGUAAAAUAUUACAUCGGGAUGUGACAGGUUUGUCUGCUAAGAAUCAGCGGCUCAUUUCUAAAGCGAUAAAAAGAGCUCAGGCCAUCGGCUUACUAUCCAAGGUUCACCAGGACGUUAACUGUCUCCACCAUAAGUUAACUGGGAUAUGA